GCCUCGUUCGUAGCAGAACUCAAGAAUAACGAGUGGGAGGAAGCUGAGUUCAUCAACCACACCAUCUUCAUCAGGUCUACAGAGGACUGUCGCUUUAGCUCCUCAGGACAGGACCCGAUACCAUGGAUAAUUGGAUGUUUGUUUGCUAUCAUACUUGUUUGUGGGGGCAUUGGAGGGGGGUGUUACCUAUACCGCCGCAAGAAGAUGGCUGUUGACCAGCUGGCUCUUGUUAAUGCCAUGGAGGUUGGUUUGCCUGGAGCCCAACCAUAUCAGAUGGGAACAGUGGAAAACAAGUCUGACAGAACACAGGGUGAUUCACAAAGGAAAAUAGACAAGGAAGAAAAUAUUUCUAAAGAAAACAUGGGCAAGCAGGCAACAGUAGAAGAAGAUGAAGAUGAAAUGAGUGGCAAGAAAGGUUUCAAAUUCAACAGAUUGAAAGAAGAGAAACCUGAAAUGCCAAAGAACUAUGCAAAAGGCAUUGAUAACUCUGUCAUAAUCGGUAACCCAGCAUAUCUAGAAGAAAUAGAUCAGGUGCAAAAGAAGGGCAGUUCAGGAGAGGAACAUGUCUAUAGGAAUCAAGUAGAUCAGAAUAACAGUAAUAUCUCCAGGAAUGAGGGGUAUGAAGUCAGUAAAGAUAUCACCAGUCAAAACAUGAGACAGAUGAAUUCUGAAGUGGACUGUUAUGAAAAUGAUGUAACCGAGAAUGGGCCCAAAGUCUGCCAAGAUGAGAUGGAACCUUCACAACUUUCAGAUGAUAGUUCAGACAGCAGCUUGCAGAUGGGCCAGGGUGCUCGUCCCAAAGUGAGAGGAGUUGCAGCAUCAAUCACAGGUUCUACAACAGUUGCAGGAGAUGCUAGUGAUGCACAUGCUGAAUCUCAGAAGUGCUUAUAAAUAGUGUACUCUCUAUAUGAAAAAACUUUCUGUGGGAGAUAAAUUUUUCAUACAUAAUUUAAGAUGGAGAAGCAAAGAAAAAAGAGCAGAAGAUACAAAUUCUUAUAUUUAGUGUUCUAUCAAUGAAUAUAACUUCACUUCCAAUCUCAUGUCUUGGUGGUGUCAGGUAUGUGGUCCCCCUCAUCUCUCCCUAUCUCUUUCCCUCUCUCCCUCUCCCUCUCCCACUCCCACUCCCACUCCCACUCCCACUCCCACUCCCCACUCCCACUCCCUCUCCCUCUCCCUCUCCCUCU